AUGACGAAAUCUAAGUCACAUCCAAGGCUGAACGGUUUAUCGCACAACAGCCCGACAGAUGUGGUGGCCAAAAGAAACUCUAGCCCUGGCCAUCAGGACCACAGGGUACCCAAAAGAAUUCGUCUCGUAAAUAUGUGGGCGAGAACACGCUUCUUCCAACGCGCUUUUAUGGUAUGGAUGCUUGUUUGGAUAUCAAUGAUCGUUUAUGAUUCCGGCGUAGUAGAUUAUUUUAUCAGCAAUAUUGAAAAAACCGACAUUGAGGUAAACAAGAAGAUUGAUGAAAAAAAAGAACCAAAACAGCCGAUGUACGGGUUCUACAAUAGUAGCGAGAGUCCUCUCGUAUUCCCACCGUUAUUGGAUAUAGUGGAGACUGAAAAAACUGAUGUAGAUGCUAAUGACACCAUUAUGUUAAAACAUUCACCACAUUCAAGGCCCUGGUCGAGAUUAUCAUCACAACAUUGGUCUGGUAUUCUUUCUCUGUACAACGAAUCGGUUGCUGGUCAUCACGUAGCCGUAUUACCGCCUAUAUUGCUUAGUCAUCGUAUAGCUCCAGAACUGGCGGCUGGUAUUCGCAACCCCGAUGAAAGAGAUCCGCCUCCAAUGCGUUGGCAGGCUCUUGCUGCUGCACUUGAUCCACCAGAUUACGUACCAGAUUUCGAAUCGAUGGAUACCAAAGGCCAGCCUCAUCAGUGGGGGAAGGACACCGACUUGCCUAUAUAUCCAACAACACCUAUGGAAAUACUACUACUAGCGAUUUUAUGUACUAUAAGCGUCGCUGUCAUCGCGUAUAUGAUGGUCGUUUUGUACAGGUGCGUUUGCUCCCGCCAUUAUGCCGAGUGGCGAGCAUCCUGGAACGAUGACGAAGAGUAUAGGAAAAUCAUUGCAAAGCAACCGCAGUUCAGCCAGGAGGUGGAGUGUCUAGUUACCGACGGUGAAAAAGUGGUCAGUUCGUGUUUGCAAGGGACCAUAAAAGUGUGGGACUCGCAGAACGGAGAACUCAUAACCAACAUUGACCGCGGCGCAUAUUUCAAGUUGCAAAGGGAGUUGUGUGAUAAAGUUUCGAAGAAAAAAUAG